UUGCCUUCUGCCAAUCAGCUGUUAGAUGGGAUGACAGCUGAAUUUAGUGAAGAAGGAAGCAAUUGCAAAAUGGCAGAAGUUGAUGUUUAUAAAUUCUUUCUCGAUUUCUUGCAGGAUUCCAAUGCUUUCCAAGGGACGCAUGCCACUAACACCUUGUGCAUGUUGCACAAAUUCAUAACUGGAUGCGAGCAACUUCCACCAUUAGGAUUACCAAAACCCAUAACGGUUAAAUUCAAGCAUGGAUGUACAGAAGGGUGCAAGUGUCGGCCAACUGCUUCAACUUGUGAUCUAAGCAUUACAUUGCCUGUUCAUUAUAGAGAUAGUUACAACCAACUAAAAGAGGCAAUUGACUCUGCACUUAUCGAAGGAAAGGGAUUUGGUUUCAUUUAUUAAUGAUAAUUGUAUUUUAUCAUUUACAGGGGAAUAGCAAUCAACGGGAGUGUUAACCGUAAAAAAAUUCAUAAUUUUUAAUGGUAACAACUGCAUUAUUAGUUAUUAGUUAAGUUCAUAUUUAAUUGUUUUGUUAAAAAAACGUUAGGUAACAAUGAAUCCAAUU